UAACAGCGAAGGUUCUCAGCCAGUCAAUCGACAACCGUCGCAUCGUUUAGAUCCUCGUCCGAUAUCCACGCGCGCUCCUGCGUAUUUAAAUCUCCAUUUAUUCCUGUCCAACGUCGCGGGGGGCGCCGUGAUGGAGCCAAAGGGAUGCGACUGCAGGAGGAAGGGAGGCCCGGUCGACGACACCGCCGCUCUCAUCCCCGCCAACCCCUUACCUCGCUACGGGGUGCUAGGCCGAUAUUGUCGCGUCUGCGCGAUGAACAACAUAGAAGACAGUCGGGCUAGUCGGACUCCGCGACAGAGACGUGCCGUCGCGGCACGUCGGGACGCGGCAUUAACCCCCUCGCCGAUCUCGGUGGAGGCGCCUGGUCGAGGUUGUUGAUGGCAUCUCAGCGGCGACAGCGACCCGGGUGCUCACCACGGACGUCUUCGCACGGCCAUGAACAGCUCGCCGCAGAACACAAGCACCGCCGGCACCGGGCAGCGACGGACGGCCGGCGUCGAUAACAGCGACGAGGAGGAAUGGAGCGGCGUCGUCGAAUGUGCUGUCCUUGAGAGAACCAAAUCCGAUAGAGUUGCACGUGCUGACGAAGACCGACGUCGCCGGACCAUCAUCGUUGAGAAGAAGAACGGCACGUACGGUUUCACGUUACAGAGUUAUGGUAUACACUACAAAAGAGAACAGGAGAUAGAGAUGGUAACUUACGUUGAUUAUGUGGAAUAUGAUGGACCAGCGUUUAAAGCUGGUAUGCGGGAGGGUGACGUGAUACUCUCUAUAAACGGUCACGAGAUGGACAGGGCGGAUCACAAGACUCUAGUAAACUUUAUCAAGAACUGUGAUACCAGAAUGCGGAUGGUCGUGUCCUUCGAAGAUUGCGUCAGGAAGGUGGAAUUACACAUGCGUUACAUCGAAUUGCAACGCGCUCUUCAAUCUCGUAUAAGCGAACUGGAGAGACUGUGCGAAAGAGAACGGUCUAUUUUGAUGGGACGAUGGAAAACCCAUUCACUGCCAGCGCGGAAAAGAACGCCUAAUAGUAUUGUCGGCACCAAUCCUAAUCAACCAUCACCCUCCUCCAGCUUCAACUCUUCUACGAUUCAAUGCUGCCGGCCAGCAACCUCCACCGAACAUCUUCUACUUUAUAACGUGUUUGCGGACGGGCGACCCUGUCUUAUACCACGCAGCGCCGCUUGUCUUGUGACAGUCGGACCGCCUCGUUCCCGCAGUGAUCAUCAUCACUUUCUCUCUAAAAUGUCAAGCGAAUCCGCGAUGACCUCCUUACGUCACAGUUAUCACCAGGCGAACGGUAUGAUGGGCACACCUGCGAAAAGCAAAUCUCACAAACAAUCCUGUCAGCAGCAACAACAGCAAUCGUCCGUUGCUGGUGAAGGACCAUCAUUACACUCCGCUCCUCAAAACAAUCUUUGCGUCGCUUGUAUCUCCAGCGCGAAUCGUCGCCGAGAGCAAUCCGACAGCGUUAGUUUAGAUGCUUAUGAUCUCGCCAGUCCAUGCUGUGACCCGAAUUGCGUGCCAAGUCGUCGACGUCGCGAAAAACAACGACGCGCCCGCAACGAGCAGGCUCUCCAUCAACAGCAACAGCAGCAGCAGCAGCAGCAGCAGCAGCAGCAGCAGGCUAACAUGCAGCAGCAGCAGCAGCAGGCUAACAUGCAGCAGCAUCAUCACGUUCAAGGACAACGAGACCAACAGCAACAAUCGCAGCAGCAGCAGCAGCAACCCAACACUCACAGCUGCCCUCGCACGUCCGGCCACAGUCUUCAUUCGAUUACGAGUAGCGACGUCUCGACGACGGCCGACAGCGUCGCGUCCUGCUCCACCAGCCUCAGCACCGACACCCUGUAUUGGGACCCGAGUGUGCACCAGCGACCGCCGCCGUGCCUUCAGUACGCUAAGCCUAAAUCCUGGGAUAAUCUUACCACCAAGGCCUUCGGAGGUUACGGCUUCGGUUACGGUUAUCUGGACACCGCGAACGUCAAAACCCACAGCGCGGAACGUCCCAAUAAAGGAUCACACAGCAGUGGCGGCGGUGGUACAGGUAGAUCAAAGACGCCAGUCGGCAUUAUACAACGAAAGAGCAGCGGUGCCAGCAGCAGUACCGCUUACACUACCGCGACAAGUUCAACGGUCAGCCGACACUUCCAGCCGACGAAAUCGACGGAGAGCUUGCUGAUACUGCCGGGACCGUACCAGGGCGAUCUCGACCAGGCCAGUCUGAGCUGCGAGUGUCUGGACGGCGGUGGCGGCGGACCCGGCUCGCGAUUCGUUCAGUUGGAGAAGCAUAAACGCGCCGACGAAACGGCGGGAUACAUCCCGUCUUCUCACGCGCAAGUCAGACACCGACGGUCUAGUCAUUCCGAUGGGAAACUACGGGCUAUCAAUAACUCCGAAGUCACGCGAUUGUAAUAUCCUUUAAGUAUAUCUCAAGUCAAGCUACGUGCUAAUAAAGCGUCAAUAUAUAAAUA